AUCUCAGAGAAUUCAUUAUAGGAUAGAGGGAAGAAGAUUUGUAGUAAAAGUAAUAACUUACAGUUUCAGAAAGGGUUUGAUUCCGAAAGAAACAGAGUUUUCUAAAAUUGUGUGUGUAAAAUUUAAUGGGAAUGAUGAUCAUGCAUUUUUCUUGAGGGAGGCUCUGUACACAUAUUAGAGGCACAAAGGCGUCUGCAAAACUAAGAACAGGCAGAGGAAAGUGUUGGGCUGAGAUUUUCUUCGAGCUAAAUUGGGAUAAGGACAGAUUAUGUAGAAGAAAGGAACUGCAAAAUCAAAGUCUAUGGGCCUAUUCUCACCUGUGAAUGUUGGUCUAAGAUUAGCUAAAUGAGGUUGAUAUUCACUAAUGUCCCAUGUUACAGAUGAAGGAAGUUCGGGAUAAAGAGAUUUUAUAACUUGCAGGGUCACACAGGCUAGUAAGUGGCAGUGUUGGGAUUCCGCCAAAGCUCUCUGAUAGUGCCUUCGGUUCCAUCUUUCCAUCCUUACAUUCGAUCUUUACAUCCUGUAUUGCAAUAUUAUUCACGGUAUUAUAGAGGACAAACUCUUUCCUACUUCCUGUCCAACAAGGAUAGAGUAAGUAGAAAUGAGCUAAAGCUGCAAAGUAAGGAAUAAAGGCACAGCUUCCUCCUUGACAAGGUGAAGAUGAAAAGAUCACUCUUCAUAGCUGUGCGUUCAAGCUGGGAUGGAGAUGAUUGAGCAAAUGGCCAAAGAAAGAAGCAUUCCAGAUUUAAAAGGUUCUGAAUCUCUUGAGUUUCUGAAGGUUGAUUAUGUGAACUACAAUUUCUCAAACAUAAAAAUCAAUGCCUUUUCAUUUCCCAACACAUCAUUAGCCUUUGUGCCGGGGGUGGGAAUCAAGGCCCUGACCAACCACGGCACGGCCAACAUCAGCACAAACUGGGAAGUCAAGUCGCCACUUUUCCAAGACUCAGGAGGAGCUGAUCUGUUUCUCUCUGGGGUCUACUUCGCGGGUAUCCUUACCCUGACCCGAAAUGACUUAGGUCAACCAAACCUGGAGCUCCAAGACUGCCACGCCCAAGUGAGCCACGCCCACGUCUCAUUUUCUGGAGAACUCAGUGUCCUGUAUAACUCCUUUGCUGAGCCCAUGGAGAAACCCAUUUUAAAGAACUUAAAUGAAAUGCUCUGUCCCAUUAUCACGGGAGAGGUGGAAGCACUGAAUGCCAAUCUCAGCAUGCUGGAGGUUUUAACCAAGAUUGACAACUAUACCCUGCUGGAUUAUUCGCUAAUGAGUUCCCCAGAAAUUACUGAGAACUACAUCGACCUGAAUUUGAAGGGCGCAUUCUACCCACUGGAAAACCUCGCCGACCCCCCCUUCUCCCCAGUGCCUUUUGAGCUCCCAGAACGCAGCGACUCUAUGCUCUACAUUGGAAUCUCCGAAUAUUUCUUUAAAUCUGCUUCCUUCGCUCAUUUCGCAGCUGGGGCUUUCAAUGUCACUCUCUCCACAAAAGAGAUUUCCAGCCAUUUGGUUCGAAACUCUCAAGGCGUUGGCAACAUUCUCUCCCGGAUUGCGGAGAUCUACAUCUUGUCCCAGCCCUUCAUGGUUCGGAUCAUGGCCACGGAGCCUCCCGUGAUCAGUUUACUACCAGGGAACUUCACCCUGGACAUCCCUGCUUCCAUCAUAUUACUCACCCAGUCUGAGAACUCCACUGCCGAGACCAUCGUUUCCAUGGACUUUGUCGCUAGCACCAGUGUCGGCCUGGUUAUUCUGGGACAAAGGCUGAUCUGCUCCCUGUCUCUGAACAGGUUCCGCCUCUCUUUGCCAGAGUCCAAUCGCAACAAUAUCGAGGUCUUGAGGUUUGAAAAUAUUUUGUCCUCCAUUCUCCACUUUGGCGUCCUCCCACUGGCCAACGCAAAAUUGCAGCAAGGAUUUCCUCUGCCCAGCCCACACAAAAUCUCAUUCGUCAAUUCAGACAUUGAAGUCCUUGAGCAUUUCCUUUUGAUUUCCACCGACCUGAAGUAUGAAACGCCCUUAAAACGGCAACCAAGUUUCUACGGUUGGGAAGGUCUGAAUCUCAUAAAUGGACAGUGGAUGGACAAAUCAGUGCCCUGAUUGCUGGUUUGGAGUCCACUCCAGGAAGUCACCGGCCCUUAAUCCCACCGACUGUCAACUGAGAAGGAGAAAACAGUGCACGCUGGAGUCUUAAAGUUCCUGUGGAGUGCCUAGGUUGAAAAUUUUCCUUCUCGAGCCCUCUGCGACAGAGGGAGCAAACUGGGUUAAAGAGUUAAGCCAGGAUGUGUGUGUCUCUGUGCAUGUGUAGGGAGGAUCAUUUGAAUGUGUGUUCAUGUUUCAAUGCAUGGUGUGUGUUUCUGUGUUUAUAAGAUUCUGUGAACAAGAGCUAGGCCUGUGCUUCUGAAGAGGUCUGUGAGAAACGUGUAAGGACAAGAUUUGAAUUGGUGGUGUCAGUGGAGAUCCCUUCAGCCCUUUCAGCUCUCGAGGGUUCUCCCCCUUCCUGUAUGUUGGAUUUUGUGUUUUAUAUUUACUGCUACUGUCCCCUGUAUUUAAUUAAAAUUGUUUUCUAUCGAUGUCAA